ACGUGAUCGAGGAAGGUUGUGUCUUGCCUCUCUCCGGGUGAUUCACUCUCACACGAGAUCUUGCGUUGUGCUAAUCCUCUCCCUUCCUGACACGAUGCCUGCGAACGUGGAAGCUAGCAGUACUCUGGUGUUCUUCGUGAACGGAAAGAAGGUUGAAGACUCGGAUGUUGAUCCAGAAGUGACGCUCCUGACUUAUCUGCGAAACAAAUUGCGUCUUUGCGGAACCAAGCUCGGCUGCGGGGAAGGAGGGUGCGGAGCCUGUACGGUUAUGCUGUCCAGAUACGACCGACAGCGAGAACGUGUUGUCCACUACUCGGUCAACGCGUGCCUGGCCCCCGUGGCGGCGGUGCACGGGCUGGCGGUGACGACGGUGGAGGGCAUCGGGUCGACGCAGACGCGCCUCCACGCGGUGCAGGAGCGGAUCGCCCGUGCCCACGGCUCCCAGUGCGGCUUCUGCACGCCCGGCAUCGUCAUGUCCAUGUACACGCUGCUCAGGAACCACCCGAAGCCGUCCAUGGAACAGCUCGACGAGUACUUCACAGGGAACCUCUGUCGGUGCACAGGAUACCGACCUAUCUUGGAGGGGUUUAGAGGCCUUACCACCGACGCCUCUGCAGGAGGCGGAUGCGGCAGGAAAGACUGCUGCAAACUGAAGGCAAAAGAUGCCUCCGCGAUGAACGGCCGCCUCGACGAAACGGAUCCCAAGACACAGAACGGAGAGACAGAAGUGCAUUUUGGGGAAGUGAGUGACGUCACGCACGUUCUCUACGACGCAGGGGAUUUUCAGCCUUACGAUCCCACGCAGGAGCUUAUUUUCCCCCCUGAGCUUAAGGUGCAAACCGAGUGGGAGAAUCAGUACGUUGAAUUUCGCGGGCCUCGUGUGACGUAUCAUAGGCCUAACUCUCUCUCGCAACUCCUGAAGCUGAAGGCUGAACAUCCCCAAGCGCGGAUUAUUGUCGGCAACACUGAAGUCGGUGUCGAAGUGAAAUUCAAGAACCAGACUUACCCAGUGCUCAUCAACCCAACCAACAUCCCCGAACUGACAGCCGUGACAGUGACAGACACAGGAGUGACAUUCGGUUCGUCAGUCACUCUCACCACGAUCGAAGACACGCUGAGACAGCAGGUCAGCACGCUACCAGAGUAUCGAACUCGCGUCUUCACCGCCAUCUUGGAAAUGCUCCGCUGGUUCGCCGGGAAGCAGAUUAGGAACGCAGCGGCCAUAGGAGGUAACAUCAUGACGUCAUCGCCAAUUAGUGAUCUCAAUCCCCUCCUGAUGGCUGCGGGGGCGGUCCUCACAGUGAGAAGCGCCGAAGGCGGGAUGCGAGAAAUCGUGAUGGAUGAGCACUUUUUCACGGGAUACAGAAGGAACGUGGUUCGACCCGAAGAAAUCCUCGAGGCCGUUCAUAUUCCUUUCACUCACGAGAACGAGUACUUCGUGGGCUACAAGCAGGCCCGGCGGCGCGACGACGACAUUGCCAUCGUGAACGCGGGGAUGCGGGUCGCCUUCCGGAAGGACUCGCUCGCCGUCGAGCAGCUCCGCCUGGCCUUCGGCGGGAUGGCGCCCACCACGGUCAUGGCGCUCGCGACCAUGGAGAACUUGCGAGGACGCGACUGGGAAUCCUCUCUCCUGGAGGCGGCGACCACCUACCUCCUGAAGGACAUGCCACUCGAUCCUUCUGCUCCUGGGGGCAUGGUGGAGUAUCGUCGAGCGCUCACGAUAAGUUUCUUCUUCAAGUUUUACCUGAGUGUUCGCGGACGCCUCAGUGAGAAGCUUCCCUCGCUGGUGGAGCCUCUGACAGAAGACGAACGGAGGGCGACCUUAGUGCAUCAACACACGACUCCCAAGAGCACACAACUCUUCCAGACGGUCUCGCCAGGUCAGGAUAAGUUCGACCCCAUAGGCAGGCCGUUGGUCCAUACUGCUGCCCUCAAGCAAGCCGCCGGAGAGGCCUUGUACGUGGACGACAUGCCUCACUUCCAGAACGAACUGUACGCAGCGGUGGUCCUCUCAACCAAAGCCCACGCCAGGAUCCUCAGCAUUGACGAAUCGGAAGCCCUGAAGGUCGAGGGCGUCGUGAGGUUCUUCUGCGCGAGGGAUAUCCCGGACGAGAGAAACAAGACAGGUUGUAUUUUACCGGACGAGGAGAUUUUUGCGUCAGAGAAAGUUACCUGCGUGGGUCAGGUGAUAGGCCUGGUUGUGGGGCAGGACCAGGCCGCGGCGCAGAGAGCAGCAAAACUGGUGAAGGUCCAGUACCAAGAGUUGUCACCGAAGAUAAUAACGAUCCAGGACGCCAUCCGAGAGAAGUCGUGGUGGGGCCCUUGGACCAUCACGAAGGGUGACGUCGAGGCAGCCCUCGAGUCGUCCCCGAACGUCCUCGAGGGCGAGCUGCACAUGGGCGGCCAGGAGCACUUCUACCUCGAGACCAACGCCCACCUCGCCGUCCCCAAGCUCGAGGACGGGGAGAUGGAGCUGUUCACGUCCUGCCAGAACCCGACGAGGACGCAGGAGCAGGUGGCGGCGGCGCUGGGCGUGCCCUUCAACCGCGUGGUGUGCCGCGUCAAGAGGAUGGGCGGAGGCUUCGGCGGGAAGGAGUCCAGGACGACCGUGGCUUCCCUGCCCGUCUGCGUGGCCGCGGCAGCCCUCCAGCGCCCCGUCCGCAUGAUGCUGGACCGAGACGAGGACAUGCUCAUGACCGGCAACCGACACCCGUUCCUGGGCCACUGGAAGGUCGGAUUCACGAACGAGGGCGUCUUCACGGCCAUGGAGAUGGACUUGUACGCGAACGCCGGCAACUCGUACGACCUCUCCGGUUCGGUCGUGCACAGAGCGAUGUUCAGUAUGGAUAAUGCUUACAAAUGUGAGAACAGACGCGUGACGGGUUAUGCCUGUAAGACCAACCUUUCGUCCAACACGGCUUUUCGCGGCUUCGGAGGCCCCCAGGGAAUGCUCUUCGCUGAGGACAUCGUGUCGAGAGUGGCCCAUCAUCUUCGGAUGGAUCCUUGUGAGGUGCGAGCGAAGAAUCUCUACAAUACCGGGGACUUGACUCACUUCGACCAACUGCUGGAGAAGUGCACCAUCAGGAGAUGCUGGGAGGAGGUCAUCCAUCAGGCCGAUUACCACAAGCGGAAAGAGGCGGUGGACUUGUUUAACGCAAACAACAAGUACAGAAAGCGAGGCAUAACCGCCCUGCCCACCAAGUUCGGCAUCGCGUACACCGCCGUGUUCCUGAACCAGGCCGGGGCGCUCGUCCUGGUGUACACUGACGGCUCUGUCCUGCUGUCUCACGGCGGCACCGAGAUGGGCCAGGGACUUCACACCAAGAUGAUUCAGGUGGCCGCCAGGACCCUCAAGAUCCCAGCCUCCAGGAUCUUCAUCGCUGAGACGAGCACGGAUAAGGUUCCCAACACCUCUCCUACGGCUGCGUCUGCCUCGUCAGAUCUCAAUGGCAUGGCGGUCUUGAACGCUUGCAACACGAUAUUGCAACGGCUGGAACCCUACAUUGCAAGUAACCCCAAAGGAAGCUGGGACGACUGGGUCAAAGCGGCGUACUUCGACCGGGUCUCUCUCUCGGCCACGGGAUUCUAUAAAACCCCCGACAUUACCGGGUACGACUUCGAGAAAGGGACAGGUCGACCGUUCAAUUACUUCAGUCCUCCGCACGGACAUCGUGAUGGACGUCGGCGACUCGCUCAACCCCGCCAUCGACAUCGGGCAGGUGGAGGGCGCCUUCAUGCAGGGCCUCGGCCUCUAUACCUUAGAGGAACUCCGGUUCUCCCCCGAGGGCGUGCUGCUCACCCGUGGCCCCGGCGCUUAUAAGAUUCCAGGUUUCCAAGAUAUUCCGCGAGAGUUCAACGUGUCCCUUCUUCGCGGGGCGCCCAAUCCAAGAGCUGUUUUCUCGUCUAAGGCCGUCGGAGAACCUCCUCUGUUCCUCGCAGCCUCGGUGCUGUUCGCCCUCAAGGAAGCCGUGGCAGCCGCUCGAGCCGACCAAGGCCUCGACCCCGUGUUCCGUUUCGACUCCCCGGCCACGGCGGAGAAAAUACGAAUGGCCUGCCCGGACUUCCUCACGCAGAAGAUUGAGUCUGCGGCCCCAGGGACAUUCAAGCCUUGGUCGGUGACGGUGUAGGAGCGAAAGUCUCAGCGUAAAAAUAUACUAUGCAGUAAUUUGUCAUGAUAAAUUUUAAUACAUUGUACAAACAAUAUUUCACAAAUAUCUCAUGAUAUGAUAUAUUAUCUUAAAAUAUAUUACUAUGCUAUUGUCUGGUCCUUAUAUCAGCUAAUAACUUAGAAGUUAAGAAAAAAAUAGAUAAAAACAAAUGCAAAAAAAAACAAAAAAAAACAAGUAAACAAAAAACAAAAAAUGUAAAUUGUAAUUUCAAUUAACGAUUAUCUUUACAUGGUGUACGGAUUUUUUUUUCUUUGUUCUUUUUAUGUUCUUCCAAUUUUCCCUCUUCUUGUUUUUUCUUUUCGUUCAUUCUUCUCUAAUUCCAUCGACCAUCUACUACUUAGCGUUAUAUAUAUAUAUAUUUUUUUGUUUCGUUUUAUUUUUUAUUGUACUCUUUUUCUCCUUUUCGUUUUAUUAUUGCAUUCUUUUUUUCCUUU